AUGCAUGAGGAUGAGUUUAUUGCCAAGUAUAUUGACCUCUCCAAGCAUGUUACAUACUUACAGCAGAAUAAUGAUCCAGAAUGGAUGGCCCGACAAUUGAUAGAACGGGCGAGGCCAGAGUUGAAGCAGCAAAUGGCCUUAUAUGAGUUUAAGAGUUUCGAGGAUGCUUGCACGAAACUCAGGAUGACAGCUCGCAGAAUCCGAGAGGGUAUUGACGUGAUUAUUGGUAUGGAUUGGCUAUCGGCAAAUAAUGCCAUUCUGGAUUGCAAAAGGAAGAUAGUAACUCUUCCUUUGUGCGCUACGAUAGUUGAGGCUAUUAAUGGUUGUUUGUGGUUGUCUGCUACUCAAGCAACUAAGUGUAUUCAGAAGGGUUGUCAAGCGUAUGCUGUUUUCUUUUCUGUUAGUACGGAUAAAGAAGUUGGUAUAGACCAAAUCGAGGUAGUAAAGGAGUUUCCUGAGGUAUUUCCUGAGGAAAUAUCCGGUUUACCUCCUGAAAAGGAAGUUGAAUUCUCCAUUGAGCUAGUACCAAGGACAGCUCCAAUUUCUAAAGCACCGUACAGAAUGUCACCUUCUGAAUUGGCAGAGCUAAAAAAGCAAAUCGAAGAAGAAGUGAAGUUCUUAGGCCAUGUAGUAUCUGCAAAUGGAGUAGUUGUUGAUCCUAGCAAGGUCGAUGCUGUAUUGAAAUGGGAGACACCAAAAUCUGUGACGGAGGUACGAAGUUUUGUGGGCUUAGCUGGGUAUUACCGAAGAUUCAUCAAGGGAUUUUCUCAGAUCGCCAUGCCUCUAACUAAGUUGACCAAGAAAGACCAACCAUUUAUCUGGAGUGAAAAGUGUGAGGCGGCUUUCCAAGAACUAAAGGCUAAGUUGACCACGGCUCCAGUGUUGACUAUUCCAGAUCCUAGUAAAUCGUACACCCUUUACACUGAUGCUUCACUUAAGGGUUUAGGGUGUGUCCUGAUGCAGGAAGGAAAGUUUGAAGUCUUCAGCGAUCACAAGAGCCUAAAGUAUUUAAUAGAUCAGAAGGAAUUGAAUAAUAGACAACGCUGGUGGAUGGAAUUCAUCAAGGACUAUGACUUUGAGCUUAAGUAUCAUCCGGGUAAAGCCAAUGUGGUUGCAGACGCUUUGAGUAGGAAAACGGUGCAUGUGUUUCACAUGAGUUUGGAGGAACACUACUGCUUAGAGAGAUUGAGAGAUCUCCAAGUAGUGCAUGAGGCUCCAGCCACUCUACAAUCAAUUUUGGGUGAUUAUGAGUUCUUUCGAGACUUGAAGGCUGCACAGAUGGAGGAUGACCGGUUACUAAGCAUCCGAGACGAAGUGGAGACCCAUGGUAUGCCUGAUUAUGAAAUUGGUGAAGAAGGAAUCCUGAGUAUUUCCAUGGAUUUCAUUACUGGUAUGCCAAGAACCUCGGCUGGCUAUGAUGCGAUAUGGGUAAUUGUAGAUAGAUUGACUAAGUCAGCGCACUUCCUGCCUAUCAAGAGUACUUACUCUUUAGAACGAUUGACAAAGCUGUAUAUAGAUGAGAUUGUUCGACUUCAUGGAGUGCCAGAGUCUAUCAUUUCAGAUAGGGACCCAAGGUUUACAUCGAACUUCUGGCAGUCAUUACAUGAAGCCAUGGGCACUAAGCUCAAGUUUAGUACUGCUUAUCAUCCUCAGACUGAUGGACAAACUGAGAGGACGAUUCAGACUCUCGAGGACAUGUUGAGGGCCUGCGCUAUAGAGCUAAAGGGUAGUUGGGACACUCACUUGUCAUUAGCUGAGUUUGCCUAUAACAACAGCUAUCACGCUAGUAUUCAGAUGGUUUCACCUGUCACUGGUGUUGGUAGAUCCAUUAAAGCCAAGAAGCUUACACCCCGAUUUAUGGGUCCUUAUGAGAUUUUGGAGCGGAUUGGACCUGUUGCAUAUCGAAUUGCGCUGCUGCCACAUCUUUCCAGUUUACACGACGUGUUCCACGUGUCACAGUUGAAAAAGUAUCAUCCCGAUCCGUCUCAUGUUAUUGAGCCUGAAGAGGUGGAAUUGCGAGAUAAUUUGACCUAUCCAACAGAACCAGAGCGGAUUUUGGACGUUAAGGAUAAACAAUUAAGGAACAAAACUAUCCAUCUUGUUAAAGUCUUUUGGAAGGGCAUGAGUCCUGGUGAUGCUACUUGGGAGACAGAGGAACGGAUGCAUUAUGAGUACCCUUACCUGUUUUCUUAG